AAGCUCUCUUUCUCAUACAGCCUUUCUUUCUGUCCUCAGUCAAAACAGUCACACGUGAAUGCAUGAAGACAGAGAGAUAGCGGGAUAGAGAGAGAGACACAGGGAGAGAGAGAGAGAAAGAGAGUGAGAGAGAGAAAGAGAGUGAGAGAGCGACACAGAGGGAGAGAGAGCGACACAGAGGGAGAGAGAGCGACACAGAGGGAGAGAGAGAGAGACACAGAGGGAGAGAGAGAGACACAGAGGGAGAGAGAGAGAGACACAGAGGGAGAGAGAGAGACACAGAGGGAGAGAGAGACACACAGAGGGAGAGAGAGAGACACAGAGGGAGAGAGAAAAACAGAGGGAGAGAGAGAGAGAGAGACACAGAGGGAGAGAGAGAGAGACACAGAGGGAGAGAGAGAGAGACACAGAGGGAGAGAGAGAGAAACAGAGGGAGGGAGAGAGAGACACAGAGGGAGAGAGAGAGAAACAGAGGGAGGGAGAGAGAGAAACACCCGCCCAAACGCCAUCCUGCGACCUAAGAGGUAUGUAUCAGAUGCUCAACAUGCUCUGCUCACACCUACUGUGACAAUAUGGAACACAACGCUUUUACUAUCUCAUCCUGGAAUAUACAAGGUCUGAGGUCAUCUGCCUUUGGCGUAAAGACCCGGAACCCAGACUUCAUUAAAGAAAUUGGAAAUAUAGACAUUGUCAUCUUACAAGAAACAUGGUAUAAAGGAGAUGGACCCACUAGUUGCCCUCUUGGUUGCAGAGAGCUGGUAGUCCCACCCACCAAACUACCAGGUGUGAAACAGGGAACAGACUCUGGGGGUAUGCUAAUACUAGUCUGUGGCGACCUAAACGCCAGAACUGGGCAAGAACACAGGGGGACAAACACCUACCUGGAGGUUACAGCAUUCCCUCCCCCAUAUAGCCCACCUAAACACACCUAAACACAACUAUGACAACAUAGCAAAAUCACACUCUACUUGAGCUAUGCUCAAACAUGAGGCAUCAAAGCCAAAGGAACUGAAUAAAAUUAAGAAAUGUUAUAGAUGUGAGGAUAAUAGUGUGGAAAUCUAGCAAAAAAACAAUUAGGCAACAACAAAUUCAAUCCUUUCUAGACAAUUUCACUGUAAUAGUGAAGUUGUGAACUUGGCAGUAGAAAACAUAAACACUAUAUUUGACCUUUCAGCUUCCCUAACAAAUCUAAAAAUGUCAAGCAGACAACCUAAGAAAAUUAACAAUGACAAAUGGUUUGAUGAAGAAUGCAAAAACCUAAGAAAGAAAUUGAGAAACCUGUCCAACCUAAAACAUUUUUGGCUUUAUAACAAAGAACAGCAAAAACCUAUACAGUUGAAGUCAGAAGUUUACAUACACCUUAGCCAAAUACAUUUAAACUCAGUUUUUCACAAUUCCUGACAUUUAAUCCUGGUAAAAAUUCCCUGUCUUAGGUCAGUUAGGAUCACCACUUUAUUUUAAGAAUGUGAAAUGUCAGAAUAAUAGUAGAGAGAAUGAUUUAUUUCAGCUUUUAUUUCUUUCAUCACAUUCCCAGUGGGUCAGAAGUUUACAUACACUCAAUUAGUAUUUGGUAGCAUUGCCUUUAAAUUCUUUAACUUGGGUUAAACGUUUCGGGUAGCCUUCCACAAGCUUCCCACAAUAAGUUGAGUGAAUUUCGGCCCAUUCCUCCUGACAGAGCAAGUGUAACGGAGUCAGGUUUGUAGGACUCCUUGCUCUCACACACUUUUUCAGAUUUGCCCACACAUUCUCUAUAGGAUUGAGGUCAGCGCUUUGUGAUGGCCACUCCAAUACCUUGAUUUUGUUGUCCUUAGGCCAUAACUUUGGAAGUAUGCUUGGGGUCAUUGUCCAUUUGGAAGACCCAUUUGCGACCAAGCUUUAAGUUCCUGACUGAUGUCUUGAGAUGUUGCUUCAAUAUAUCCACAUAAUUUUCCGUCCUCAUGAUGCCAUCUAUUUUAUGAAGUGCACCAGUCCCUCCUGCAGCAAAGCACCCCCACAACAUGAUGCUGCCACCCCCGUGCUUCACGGUUGGGAUGGUAUUCUUCAGCUUGAAAGCCUCCCCAUUUUUCCUCCAAACAUAACGAUGGUCAUUAUGGCCAAACAGUUAUAUUUUUUGGUUCAUCAGACCAGAGGACAUUUCUCCAAAAAGUACGAUCUUUGUCCCCAUGUGCAGUUGUAAACCAUAGUCUGUCUUUUUUUAUGGCGGUUUUGGAGCAGUGGCUUCUUCCUUGCUGAGCGGCCUUUCAUGUUAUGUCUGAUAUAGGACUUGUUUUACUGUGGAUAUAGAUACUUUUGUACCUGUUUUCUCCAGCAUCUUCACAAGGUCCUUUGCUGUUGUUCUGGGAUUGAUUUGCACUUUUCGCGACAAAGUACGUUAAUCUCUAGGAGACAUAACGCGUCUCCUUCCUGAGCGGUAUGACGGCUGCUUGGUCCCAUGGAGUUUAUACUUGCAUACUAUUGUUUGUACAGAUGAACAUGGUACCUUCAGUUAUUUGGAAAUUGCUCCUAAUGAUGAACCAGACUUGUGGAGGUCUACAAUUUUUUUCUGAGGUCUUGGCUGAUUUCUUUUGAUUUUCCCAUGAUGUCAUGCAAACAGGCACUGAGUUUGAAGGUAGGCCUUGAAAUACAUCCACAGGUACACCUCCAAUUGACUCAAAUUAUGCCAAUUAGCUUAUCAGAAGAUUCUUUCGCCAUGACAUAAUUUUCUGGAAUUUUCCAAGCUGUUUAAAGGCACAGUCAUCUUAGCGUAUGUAAACUUCUGACCCACUGGAAUUGUGAUACAGUGAUUUAUAAGUGAAAUCAUCUGUCUGUAAACAAUUGUUGGGAAAAUGAUUUGUGUCAUGCACAACGUAGAUGUCCUAACCGACUUGCCAAAACUAUAGUUUGUUAACAAGAAAUUUGUGGAGUGGUUGCAAAAUGAGUUUUAAUGACCCCAACCUAAUUGUAUGUUAACUUCCGACUUCAACUGUACAUGAUCAAAUACAAAUCUUAGAAACAACUAUUCAAGACUACCAGAACCCACUGGAUUCUCCAAUUACAUUGAAUGAACUAAAGGACAAAAUACAAACCCUCCAACCCAAAAAAUGCCUGUGGUGUUGAUGGUAUCCUAAAUUAAAUGAUAAAAUAUACAGACCACAAAUUCCAAUUGGCUGUACUUAAACUCUUUAACAUCAUCCUCAGCUCUGGCAUCUUCCCCAAUAUUUGGAACCAAGGACUGAUCACCCCAAAUUUGACCCCAUUAACUACAAGGGGAUAUGUGUCAACCGCAACCUUGGGGAAAUCCUCUGCAUUAUUAUUAACAGCAGACUUGUCACGCCCUGACCAUAGAGAGCCCUCGGCGUUCUCUAUGGUGUUUUAGGUCAGGGCGUGACUCGGGGGUGUUCUAGUUGUUAUAUUUCUGUGUUGGUGUUUUGGUAUGGUUCCCAAUUAGAGGCAGCUGAUUAUCGUUGUCUCUAAUUGGGGAUCAUACUUAAGUUGUCCUUUGUUCCCAACUGUUUUGUGGGAUAUUGUUUGUGUUAGUGUUUUGAGCACUACGGCUUUCACGGUCGUGUUAUGUUUAUUGUUUUCUGAGUUUCACUGUGUAAUAAAGUAUGUGGAACUCAACUCAAGCUGCGCCUUGGUCCGUUCCUAUCGACGAUCGCGACAAGACUGGUACAUUUUCUCAGCGAAAAUGAUGUACUGAGCAAAUGUCAAAUUGGCCUUUUUACCAAAUUACCAGAUGACGGACCACGUAUUCACCCUGCACGCCCUAAUUGAGAAACAAACCAAAACAAAGGCAAAGUCUUCUCAUGCUUUUUAAAAAAGCUUUCAACUCAAUUUGGCAUGCGGGUCUGCUAUACAAGUUGAUGGAAAAUGGUAUUGAGGGAAAACAUACAAUAUUAUCAAAUCCAUGUACACAUUGGCAAAAAACACAAACAUUUCUUUCCACAGGGCCGGGGGGUGAGACAGGGAUGCAGCUUAAGCCCCACCCUCUUCAACUUAUAUUUCAACGAAUUGGCGAGGGUACUAGAACAGGCUGCAGCACCUGGCCUCACCGUACUAGAAUCUGAAGCCAAAUGUCUACGGUUUGCUGAUGAUUUGGUGCUACUGUCCUCGACCAAGGAGGGCCUACAGCAACACCUAGAUCUUCUGCACAGAUUCUGUCAGACCUGGGCCUUGACAGUAAAUCUCAGUCAGACAAAAAUAAUGGUGUUACAAAAAAGGUCCAUACCUCGGCCUAAACAUCAGCACCACAGGAGUUCAGGUGUGAAGGACAACCGUCUGUGGUAUGGGGCGCUGGCUCUGGCCACCUUGGUGUUGUUCAGUGUCGCCGUAGGAGCUGUGGUGUUCAUGGCUCUGUUUUACACACACUCUCAGGCCUGUCUGCUCAACAAGGUGUUCCUGGGGGUCAACGGCAGCCUCUGUUUCAUAGUCACUAUGCUGGCUAUAUCUCCCUUCAUACAGAGACUCCAGCCUAAGUCUGGCCUGCUCCAGCCAGGAGUGAUCAGUGUGUACGUCAUGUACCUCACCUUCUCAGCCUUCUCCAGCAAGCCCAAAGAGAUGUUGGAGGUUAAUGGGGUGAAUACGACAGUGUGUGUGUUCCCUUUCAACUCUGGUUCAGAGAGCGACAAGAGGAUCGUAACAGGAGUGGGAACUGUCAUCCUGUUCGGCUGUGUGCUCUACUCCUGUUUGACGUCCACCACCAGACGGAGCUCUGCAGCGAUGCGUGUGAUUAGGAACAGCGUGCCUGAGACUGAAAGAGCGCGCUGCUGUUUCUGCUUUGGAGAUGACACAGAUGACUAUGAUGAGGAGCAGACUGGAGGAGGACAAAAUGUUUUAUAUGAUGAGAGACAGGGAACCAUCUACAGCUACACCUACUUCCACUUUGUCUUCUUCCUGGGUUCACUCUACGUCAUGAUGACUGUCACAAACUGGUUCCACUAUGACAACCAUAAGAUAGAGAAGCUGCUGGAUGGCAGUUGGUCUGUGUUCUGGAUCAAGAUGGCGUCCUGCUGGGUCUGUCUCAUCCUCUACAUGUGGACCCUGCUCGCCCCCAUGGUCUGCCCCAAACGCUUCGAGGCCUAACACACACACAUGCAGACACCGAAACACAGCCCAACAUUAUGUUCAGCUUUCUACAUGGGUUUUUUGUGUUGCGUUUGGUUUUUAAUGUUUUAGUGUUUUAUAUUGAAUUUUUGACCAGUUAUGAAUACUUUCAGCUAUUGUUGCCGGGAAGGCAUUUGAUGUCUUUCAUUUUUACUAUUAUUGAUGUAUGGUGUUACAUUCAGGUUGGACUCAUAGCUUGACUCUUGGGGGUGCCUAAAACAAUGGGCUGGACCAAUGUUCAUACAAUAAUGUAUGUGGCUCCCCAUGGUCCUAGAGGUGCCCAGAUUCUGUUAUGGGAGUGUCCAGCACCAAUAUCAUUUCAACCCUGUUUACAUGUUUGCUUAUAUGUGUGAUUCCCAUACUUGGUCUCUGUUAUUCUUUUAUUCCCAUGAAGAGAAGUUUCAUUUCUCAGGCUCAUACAUCAGCUUGCUUGUUAUUUUCUUGAUUUUGUUUACCCCUUUUUUCCCCCAAUUCCGUGGGAUCUAAUUGGUAGUUAGUCUUGUCUCAUCGCUGCAACUCCCGUUUGGACUCGGGAGAGGCGAAGAUCGAGAGCCGUGCAUCCUCCGAAACACAACCCAACCAAGCUGCUUCUUGACACAAUGCCCACUUAACCCAGAAGCCAGCCUCACUGAUGUGUCGGAGGAAACACCAUACGCAUUGCGCCCGGCCCGCCACAGGAGUUGCUUGUGAGCGAUGGGACAAGAACAUCCCUACCGACCAAACCCUCCCCUAACCCGGACAACGCUGGGCCAAUUGUGCGCCGCCCCAUGGGUCUCCCAGUCGCGGCCGGCUACGACAGAGCCUAGACUUGAACCCAGAAUCUCUAGUGGCACAGCUAGCACUGCGAUGCAGUGCCUUAGACCACUGCGCCACUCGGGAGGCCCAGCUUGCUUGUUAUUCAACCCUUUUGUAGAAUACUUUUUCUAUGCAAUUAAACAAGCUGUUUUGAUUUGAUUUGCCUGUCUUUAGGUCACACAGUCAUGUGAAACGUGUUAGUUAGGAGUAAAUAGGACCGAUUAUAUCAACGCUCCUUUUGAGCCAGAACUUUAAAUGCCAGUCGUUUGUACACACACAUUUAUUGUACAGUUGUGUUUUCCAAAUAAGCCUCUCUGACUAGCAGAGCGCCGGCUGGCAGGUAGAGGACUGUGGGACCAGAGAGUCACUACUGUUGACGGGAGCUGCAAUCAUGGAGGGGAAAAUCAACAGUUUGAUUUAAAACGUUUGCCAAAGGUAGAUCUCAGAAACAAGGAACAGACAUGCUCAAGUUUUUCACCCGAGUAUCUUCUCCCUCUAUAACUGCUGCAAUCCUCCAACUCCUCGGCCCUAGAAACGUGCUUGGUGUGCUCUCUGUUGCUGAUGAAGGGUUACCUACAGAGCUCCUUUCGGGUGUGUGAAAAUAGAAGGGGAAGGGGAUAUGGGCCAUGAACCGGGACCUUAGUGUGUAGUGGUGGUUACUCAGUGUGUAGUGGUGGUUACUCAGUGUGUAGUGGUGGUUACUCAGUGUGUAGUGGUGGUUACUCAACACUGGUUGUUGAUGUUAUUGACUGAACAAACCCAGACUAAGACUUGCCUGACAGGGAGCAAGAAACUAUUCUCCAGAACUCCAAACCAUUCAGCUAUUAUGCUUUUCUGUUUUCAUACUUACAAACCUACAGUAUAUAACCCUUUUGAUACUAAUAUGAAAUAUGUACACUUUGGUUUAAUAUAUUGGUAUUUGUUGAAGAAAAACAACUUGAAAAUUGUGAUAUUUAAGAUGUAUGUCUUUUUUCCCUUAGAUUUCAGAUGAGAUAAAUAUCAGUGGACUUUGCUGAAUAGAAUAAUCAGAUAACCCUAUGAGCCAGCAGUUUGUUGAGGCAUAUUUAUGCCAUAAGGUUUCCACUGUGACUGAAGUUUCUUCACCUCAGCCGUUGUUAUGAAGGGAUUAAACCCGUCUGGAGGGAUAGGAUGUGUACAGGGUUAGGCUCCAUUCAUUAUCCAUUCAGUGAUGUCAUGGAGGGUUGUUGGAAUUUCAAUUAAACAAUGGAAUGCUUCCAUUAAAAGAAGUACAAUAAUUGUGAAAUAGAAUUUCACUUCCCUUUACUGAAUGAUGCUGAAUUGACUGGAACCCUGGUAUAAAAUAUGUUGACUGAUCACUUCCUUUUUUGCUAUUAGCAGAUUCUGUCCACAUGUCAUUUCAGACCAGUUGUGUUUUUUUAUCCUGUCUCCUGUGGAGGAUCCAGAUAGACAGGAUGUGGUGCUCUACUGCAGCUCAGCUCUACACCAACUGGUCAACCUCAUGUUAACUCAUUAGGGAUCAAAACCAAACCUUCUGAUUGGGCUGUGCGCUGCCAUACAUGACAUGUUGUGGUCCAUUUUAUGUUCUCCAUUGUUAAGAUGACCACUAGGUGUGUGCACAGGAGUGUGAGUGUGUUUGUCUCAUUUUAUUUGCACAGGAGCACUUGCGUUAGUGAGUUUUGCUCUGUGAAGAAAAUUGAGUGUAUGUGUGUGUGUGUGUGUGUGUGUGUGUGUGUGUGUGUGUGCGCGUGCAUGUUUCCAAACACUGCUCGCACUAAUUCUCUGUACACAAUUUGAUUUAGUCCUAAACACAAAAAUAAAACGGACACCUUUUCA